AUUUUGGAAUCUAUUCUGAUGUUGCUUAUGAAGCUGUCAAAGUUAGCAGAGAAGUGAAAUCUUAAUACAUCUUUUCACUGGAUUUGAAAGCAUCGACAAAGGUGUAUAAAGUUGAGUGUGCAUUAAGGAGUGUGUUUGCAGUGGCAUAUUCUCUUUAGGGCUUAGGUGAUAAUUUGUAGUAAGUCUGUACAAGCUGCGAUGCGAGUAGGAAGCGGAUUUAUAACAGUGUUUUUUCCUUGAAUUUUUGACUGGUCCUUAUUAAAAUUAACACAGAUAGGGUUGGGGUUUUUUUUCUGUUUUGGAAAGAAAAUGGAUUGAAGUGGUCCUGGCAACAAUUGAAUGGUGUGGUAGUACUUCAGCAAAGGUGUAUUUAAACCUUUUUCUUAUGUUUUCAGGACGAGGAUUUGCAUUUCAGAGAAAACAAAAGAUCGAAAGACAAUACAGGAGAUUGUUGAAAAAAGGAAGAAAAGUCCAUUCACAGCAGGAUAAUCAGUUUACGGAUACUUAUCCAGAGCACUUGAAACAUCUUUAUUUAGCUGAGGAAGAAAGGCUUAAGGAAGAAAGGCUUAAGAAGCGACGGAGGUCUCCAGAAGAUGCAGUUUUAUCAGAAGAAAAACUUAAUGAAGCAGCAGAGUCAGUCACGACUGAAAGGAAGUUUAAGAAGAAAACAUCCAAUCAGAAGGCAAAAGAAGACUAUGAGAAAAUAAAGGCUGAGCGUGCUAGAAAGAAAGAGGAAGCAGAAAAAAGAAAACAACAAAGAGAAGCAGCUCAACGGUUGUACAAGCAAAAGAAAAUGGAAGCUUAUAAAAUAUUGAGUAAGAAGACAAAAAAAGGACAGCCAAAUCUAAACUUACAAGUGGAGUUUCUUCUUCAGAAAAUACAGCAAAAUACAUAAAACACUGCAUACAUCUUAAUUACAGGUCUUGAGUUAC